CUGGUUGUGAUUCCUGAAUAUUGGUUCUGCUGACUGGUUUGUGGUUGCAGCGUAACAAAUUCAAGCCUAAUCAAAAAAUCAAGCUGUUGGACCUGUCUGGAGAUAAGGUGGUCGUCGCUGAAGGACGAUGGUCAUCGAGUAAUCCUGAGCAUCUUGUCCAUUUUCAACCUUUGGGGCCUGGUGCAUGUCGAGUCUUUCUGGAUGUUGUGAAGGUUAAAGAUGCUGCUGUGUGGAGGACAUCAUCAGAGAUCGAGUAUAUGGAAGUUGCACUUGGAAGAUGUCUUGCUUGGCCAGAGGAUAAAGUUCUAUCGGUGAGAUAUGAUCUCGUUUAUCUGUUACAUAAGUGUUGGAAUAUGUCAAACUAAUCAGAUUUGUCUUUCGGUCCAGGUUUAAAAACAUAGCCAAAGGAACCAAGCAAUAAGACUGUGUGUGUUUUUAAUGACUUUGUUUUUUAAGACAUGAUCGGCUUUCUGUUUCUUUGUUUCAGAACGUGACUAUGUGUUAUUUGCCCCUCUUGGAUGUUUCUAUGCUUUUUCAAUCUUAACUAAUGUGUUUAUGAUUUCAAAUGUAAGGAUAGCCCAAAAUUAAAAUGUUUAAUCACAACAAAUGCCCAAAAUUAAAAUGACCAAAUACAAUUUCAUAUACCAAAGCAAUUUAGGGUUUAGGGUAACGAUAGGGUUGAUUGUGUAGGCUUUAGUUUUAGGGUUUAGGGUAAUGACAAUGUUGAGUGAUUCAUUCAAAACAAAAAAAGUUAUGGUGUUUAUUGAAGGUUACGAAAAGAUAAAUAAUGACAAAAUUAAGAAUUAGUUAAGCUUUCCACCACACCUUUUUCUUUGAGGGUUAACGUUUUAGUGUGAAGUUUUAGGGGUUAGUGUAUAAAUUGGUAUACUUUGAGUGUUUAGGAUUUAUAUGUUCACAUAAUGAUGUAUUCUUUGCAUUUUUUUAGUUUGUAUUGAUUAUAUGAUCAUUUUAAAAUGUAGAUAUAUCAAAUACAAGUUUACACCAUCCUAAAUCAUCUCAAAAUCGAUCAACAUCUAUGAUGUUCUUACUUACAACCAUAUUUUCGACAUAUCUAGUGGAGAAAACUAGAAAAAAAAUUAGACUAAUUAUAUCCAUUCGAUGGAGAUGAUUCAACGGUGGAGAUUAGUUUUUUAGGUUAUCCUCGUCCUUGUCUCUCAUUGGUCGACGAGGCUUUUUGGAGGGAAAGCCAAAAUUUCCUUAUUUUGGGAGCCAAAGUAAAUUUUAUUGUCUUUAUCGCCUUCUCUCCUACCCUCAAACCACCACAAAUCUCUCUUAAGCCACCACGAUUCUAUCUCUUAAUCCACCACGAAUCUCUCCUUCCAUCUCAAACCACCACAAAUCUGUGUAAGCCACCACGAUUCCAUCUCAUACCAUCACAAAUCUCUCCGACCUUCUCCACCGCCACCAUUUAGGUUACAGAGUUCUCUGCCCUUACAGAUCCACAAAGAUUUGAAGCCUUACAGAUCUCAAAGAUAUCUCAAUUUCCACGUCAGAGAAACUCCAAUAUCUUCAACUCUAAUGGAAGCAAUGAAGGUCAUCGUCUGUGCACUCCCGGCAACCGGAGUGAAACCACAACUCAAACCAGAACAGACACAACAAGAAGCAGUCAACACAGCUCCACCACAACGAGGACAGUCCUCACGAGGAAAUGAUGUAGAUGAGAUAACCAGAGCCGAGUUCAGAAGCUACCGGUUGAUACGCAUUGAGGAACCUGAAGAAGACAUCGACCCAGACUACCUGCGCUAUCUCCGAGCAAUAGGUGCCUACGACUCUGCUCCACCACAACAAGGACGGUCCUCAGGAGGCAAUGGUCGUCGCUAAAACAUCGACCCAAUCUUCCUGCAACUCACAAUCCAUGGGUUCUCGUCACUACUAUAAUUACCAUUGCUUCAGUAUGUUGUAUUUGCUUAAGUAUGUUUUGUUAAUUUGCUUCAGUACAAUGUUUUUCUUUCUUGAAUGUUUGUAAUGCGUGUAUCUCUAAUCUAAAUUUGAAUUUGACUUAUAUAUAUUUUUUAAAUUUACAAUUUAUGCAAUUCAAUAUUCCAAAUCAAACAAUUUUAGCAGGAAAUCAACCACCAAAUAUUUCAUUAUUCAAUUUUCUAUAUAAAAAAUAAUUAAAGCUAUCAUAAUUUACGUCCUAGCACAAGAAAAAAACUACCUCUUACUAUUCAAUGACAUACAGGAUAUGCUAUUAUAGGUGCAUGCAUUUAGAAAAACUAAAGUUAUAAAAACAUAUUCCAUGUCUUAAACAAAACGUCAUUAUAAAAUUUCUGAUGACAAAAACAAAACGCCAUAUAAUAAUAUUUACCAGUGCUAAGACAUCGUUAUUAAAAAGGUUUAAUACAGCAAUAGAGAAGCGCUAUAAUAUCUCCGUUUAUUAUAGCACACGAAAAUUCGCUACGAUAUGGGGGGGUCUAUUAUAGUUGCGGCUGUCAGAGCGUUUACAAAAACGCUACGAAAACGAUAUGAUAGCGUUUUCUCGGCGCUGCUAAUGCUGAUAUUUCUUGUAGCGCUCUAGAUUUGUUUUUGGUGAGUCAGUGCUUCGAGCGUCAUUUUAUUCGUCCUCAGAAUGACAAGUACGCCUACGAAGAGUCGACUAUCACGCGAAGAGAAAGGGAAGAACAUUGCUAACACUUCGAGCCCAGCUAAAGACUUGACAGCGAAUGGCAGCCCGUUAGAUGAGUUUGAUCUGAUCCAUCGCGACGCCAUGCGGGAUACGGAGAAUAUGAGUCUAUCUCAGCGCCUUCUAGUCGCCGAGUCUCAUAGGCAAAUUCGCGAAGAAACCGCUGGUCGUACCUUCGUUGGUGUAGGUAGCGACGCGAGCAGUAGUAGAGGUAGUGACCGAGAAGAUCGGAGAGGUGGUUCGAGAAGUUCGGAACGUGACGGCUCUGGAGCAUCAAAACAGGCUUCGACGCCUCCGAGGCGAGUUCAUCUAAGAGUUCGCUUUGAUCAGAUUGACUGCAGGCCUACGAUUUACCAUCCUGGUGGAAUCUUUGAGGAGCUUUACCCACUUCCGCCGGAAUCCUUGCGUGAUCCUAGGGCCGAUGGUCAGUCGUGGAAGAACGUGUUCUAUUCUUGCUCCUCUCACAAGACGGUGAAGGAUUUGUUGAGGCGACAUGGAGGCGCCAGCGCUACAUACAUCAUUCCUUCUAAUGGGCAGCGUCCUUGGUCGCCUCCGGUUGGCUACCAGUGUGUCUACGAAUCCUAUUUUAGAGACCAUACGAAACUCUGGUUUCCUAUCCCCCGACUGAUCACAUCUUAUGCAUUCCGUCGAGACAUUGCAAUCUGUCAGUUACUUAACGGGUCGCUGCGCAUUGCGGUUAUGCUGAUGGUGAUGGCCGCGGAGAUAGAUGUUUCGAUGAGCGUGAGAGUGUUCGAAGAGUUAACUUUCACGAAGGCGGAGCCGCAUGGAAUAUUCUCAGUGAAGAUGCGUUCGAACUACAACAUCUUGACCGGGCAUCUGAACAAGUCGAAAGACUGGCAGCGUUCAUAUUUUUAUUUCAAGUCCGACGAGCAUGCCUUCGCAGAGCCUCCUGAGGACGACUAUCGCGUUCUAUGGAAUAAAACGCUUGGUAGAUACUGUUUGUUAACGUCAUGUCUUACUCGGGGAUCCUGACCAUGUGUUUCUUAUUAUUGUUGCAGUUCGCCACCCGAACACAAUCGCAUACCCGGAGAAAUUCUUCGAGAGUGCCCAGGCGAUCGCAGCCCACAGCCAUCUCCG